AUAAUCAAUUACAUUAAGAUUACAUGAAGAACAUAUAAAAAUUGAGAAAACAAAACACAAAUAACCAAUAAAAUGAACAGUAAACAUAUACAGCAAAUUCUAAAUAAAUAUACAAAUAUUAUAUGUUCAAAAGGAUAGGCAGAAGUAAACACUUAUAAAAGGUCAUACCCAUUUCAUAAUGCAUCUUACACUUGUAACAUCUAGUGAUUAAUCAUUUUUCUGUGAUGAUCCUGCUUUGAUCACAUUUACUCUCUAUUUUAGACCAAAUAAUUAUGUUUUUAGUAUAUUUCUAUGUACACCCUCAUAUCUGCAGUAGCCAUGGGGAGAGAUUAUGAACUCAUGAACUUGAAUGUUGCACACCGCCACUGAAAGGGCUGACGUGUUGGCAUUAGUCAUGUUUCCUCCUGCAGGCUGGAGGGCUCACUUGCAUAAGUGGUGGCAUUUUAGAUACACGCAUGCAAAGUGGGUUCACAUAUCUAUAGCUUCAGGUCAUGUCAUGAUGUGUCUCAUAUACAUUAAUGAAUGGCUGAAAUGUCUUCUGUCGUAGUGAUAUUUGUUUUAAGUCACAGCCAUCUAAUAUUAUGCAUUUUUAAAAAUGAGUUCUCAUUAGUUUUAAUUUGGCAUUUGUUUGUUUAAGUGGGUGUACAUUGAAAUGAUGGCAGUGAUUACGUAUGUGAGCUGUCAGACAGCCGCUAUUAGAAAACAAAACCAGUAAUUAGCUAAAAGCAUAUGCUAAUGAGAUCAAAUCAGCCUCCUUCUCCACCUAAUGAAAGUGUUUAAUUCAGUUUAGCACGAGGAGGCAGAAGGGCAGAUAUAGAGUCUACACUGGCCUCUUGUGGAGAUUGCAAAGCAUAAAUUAACAAUAUUGUUAAUUGGUAAUUGAUUUCCUGCAUUAGACAGGGAGAAAAACAUAAUUUCCAUGUUUAAUUUGUCCCAAUUGCAAUAACUUCCUUAUCUCUAAAUCCAUCAGUAUUCUUUAUAAAUAAAGUAUCAUGGUUAAAGAGUCACUGUAAGGAAAGUUUUAUGGUCAAUCAAAAGAAAAGCAUACAUCCCAAUGAGACAGAAUACCAGUGGACAUUAUGGAUGUUGGAUAAGUUGCUGGCGGGGAGAGAGAGAGGAGGGCCGAGCAGGGCCUUAGUGACAUCUCCAAACAUGUCAGCACAGCACAGCCCUGCCCUCACAACCAAACCUCAUGAUCAACAAGGGCAAAGCUGUUUUCUCUUUGCCCCCAACAGCAACCUGUUGUCCUUUAGCGAAAAGGUUGAACUGUUUGCACCAAAGGAUCCCUCACGUCUUCUCAUCUGAUUCUCAAUUCUUGGAUUUAAACCUUUCCUCCACUCAACCAUGACCGUUUCAGUCUUCUCCAACCUCGGGUUGAUCCGCUCUCCGAAUGUCCUACUUCUGUCGUUGACCGCUUUGAGCUUGAGCAGUCCCAUCAGGCCUCCCGGGACCCAUCACAGGGUAUCAGUCGGUAGGGAUGUGGGUGUUAAUCCGCUACUUGAUGCACGGGACUUUCUCAGCCAGUUCCUGUCCACAAUGAACCUCACAGAGCUGAGGCCCCAGCCCAGGCCCCUCGCCGCCCGCAAGGAGCCACCAGAGUACAUGCUGGAGCUGUACGAGCGAUUUGCCAACGACCGCACUGCUGUGCCCUCGACCAACGUUGUGCGCAGUUUCAAGAAUGAAGAUUCCUCCCCCUACCGUAUAACACCCAGGGGUGUAAGGAUACAUCCCCUGCUAUUCAACAUCUCAAUGUGCCACCAUGAGCACAUAGCAAUGGCCGAGCUUCGCCUUUUCACCCUGUUCCAGAAGGCCCGAAGACCAUACGCUGGCAUUGACUGCAAGGUGACCAUCUACAAAAUACACGAGGGCGUUGUUAUGACAAAAGAGGUGGGGAGAGAAGUGAGAAGGAGGGAUAAAGAGGAGGUGGUGGGGAUGGACGAUUUGGAGGAACUGGUGACAAAGCAUAUCCAUGCCAAAGAUAACAGCUGGGUGUCGUUUGACCUGACUCAUGUGGUCGCGCUCUGGCGGAAGUCAGGGUGUGCAACUCACAGACUGGAGGUUCACAUUCCAAGUCUGGGGCCAGAAGAGGUGGAAGAAGCCACACGAGAGGUCGAGAGGUCGGUCGAGAUCAAUAUUGACAGGAGCUUGGAGGGGAGACACAAUGCGGUGAUGAUCGUAUUCUCGGAUGAUCAGAAACAGGAUAAACAAGAGCUCGACCGGAUGAUCGAACAUGAGAAUGACCUUCCGGAAAACGUGGGCCGGAGCCAACAGGCUUUCUGGGGGAACGUUAAUCACAACGCCGACCAGGACGAAUUGGACACACAGUCCUUCAUGCAACCGCGGUCCAACCUUAUCUAUGACACACCUCCCCGAAUCCGUCGCAAUGUUAAGAGCGAGCCAUGCAAGAGGACCCCGCUCUUUGUGGAUUUUAAAGACAUCGGCUGGGAUUCGUGGAUCAUCCAGCCGGUGAGCUACGAGGCGUACCAGUGCAACGGCGUGUGCACCCCACCCAUGACCUCCGAGGUCUCGCCCACCAAACACGCCAUGGUGCAGACGCGGCUGAGUCUUAAGAAUCCAGAGAGGGUAUCGCGUGCCUGCUGUGUGCCCACUAAGCUGGAGCCCAUCUCGCUCCUUUAUCACGAUAACGGGGUGAUCACCUUCAACCACAAGUAUGAGGGGAUGGUGGUGGCAGAGUGUGGCUGUAGAUAGUCCUGAAAACUGUUACACAGAGAUGGAGACUGUGUGCACUGAUGUUUCAAUCAUCAUCUCAUCUAUCUAUCUAUCUAUCUAUCUAUCUAUCUAUCUAUCUAUCUAUCUAUCUAUCUAGUUUCCACAGUAUCUAACAUCUCAUACAGUGGUGUGUCAAAACACGAGUCUAGACUUAUAGUUGUAAAUUAGGGAUGGACACAAAUCUCUGCUACAUGAUGUACAUUUGUAAUUGUAUAAAGGUAAUUUUAUUAUAUUAGUGUAGAAUAUAAAGCGGUCUGUCAUGAUUUAUUAUAUAUUAUUUGCUGAUUUUUUUGUAUUUCAGAAUGCCUUUGGAAACAAUUCAUUGUAAAUUACAGGCCACCAUGCAAAUAUGGCGUCAGUCCCAUCAGACACAGUGACAGACAAAAAGAAAGUUCUGAUGGCAGAUUCUGGUGAAAAAAUUCAACCUGUUUCUGAUGAAGUUGGCUCCAUGUCCAAAGUUUCAAUACUGCAGCACUGAUAUCAGUUACAAUAACAACCGUCUGAAUAAUUUGGAAAUAUGUGAGUGAGAUCUGAGUACAAAAGAUGUACCCUGAAUGCAAAGUCUCAAUCUGACUAGAGUGAAGUUUGUGCUUUCAGCGCGUGUGCUGGAACAGAAUAUACUCACAGUAAGAGACUGAAUUUUCUUUUCUUAUUGCAAAAUCUAAAUGUAUUAUCGCUGACUUUCCAUCACAAACCUUUCUCAAAACUUUUCCAUCUACAUUUUGCCCCGACAGAUAUCAUUCUUAACACAGAAGUUGAGAAACUCCAGCUGAAUUCAAACUGAAUAGAAAAAUCUAUAUUUCUAGGAUAGCCACCAGAUUACAGAGAUUUGCACUACUUAUAUAGGAUGAUGUAUGUUUUUUUUUUUAAUAUGAAAAGUCUCUUAAAUUCUAUUGUAAUUGAAUCAUAGUCUUGCCAAAAUGCUUUAUAAGUAGAUAUACAUGCUGCGGAUUUGUAAAUGGUAUUAUUUGUUUCUGCGCCCUGUGGCGUGUUGGAGCUGUUGAAAUGAUUUGUGACGUUUUUCCUCUUAUUUGCUUGCCAAACUUGCAGAAAAAAUAUAUUUUCUCUGGCUUUUGACCAAGAGAGGAUUUUCACGGUGUCUCGGAGCUCUUUGGAGCUUCUUGUCUGAAAAAAAUUAACAAUUUCUCUCAUUGCUGUCAACUGCUGUGAACUCUUUUCUCACACCCCAGCCAUUCAUAUCCUGCUUUUGGUUCUCACACCAACUUUAUUAUGGGUUGUAAAAAUAAAAUAUCUGAAAACAAAUAUAGUCACUGAGCAAGUUCUGAUCUCUUGUGCACCCUGCUUCGUUGUCAGGUAAUCAGAGCAUUCCCUACGUAACAGCCUUAAUCCCCAUCCCUCUAGCGUCACAUGCCUGGCGGGCCUCUCUCUGCCCGUGUCCAUGCCACGGCGAUAAGGAGGUGUCAGAGCCUGGAGUCUCGUAGACCGUCACUCAGGAUGAGACGCCACUCCAAGUGGCAGCAUGUGUGAGAAGGUGGUGUCAGAUUCCUGCUCUCCAACGCCAGCAUGCUCUAUUGACAAUCCUGUCAUCGGGUCGCUCGCUGCCCUCUGAACCCUCCCACUUCCUGUUUCUGACACGGGCAUGCUGACGUCCCUUAUCGCAGCCACAGCAACAGUA